AUGACAGUGGCUAUCCAAGAUUACUUCGAGAGGCUGGACAGCGACAAAGAGUUGAUGCGCUUGACGACUAACAUGGGCCGUGAAGAGCGCAUGUACGAUGGCAGCGAUUACGACUCGCGUCCUUACGAGUCCCUACUCGAUAUGUCACAUGCAAAUCCGCUACUUCGCCGAUCCUGGAAAGGAAAAGGCUCAGUUGUCUUCACCGGCUACGGAAAACACCUCAUCUUCGCUCUUGGCGACAACUACUCUGAGGCCUGCGACUACUUCACACAUAUCCGAACAUUCCUCGAGACUGUCAUCCAUGCUAGGAGCGCCGACCAGUCGAAAGAAACCUGGAAUACUGUUCAAAUUUGUUCACCUGCCGUCACCAAGCUCACUAUUGCCAUCUGGUUACCUGGAGGCCCGGACAUGGCUCAAAGCUUCCUCAAUUCGUCCGGUGUCACAAUGCUCGACUUCGCACAUAUGUUCAUCAUAGCGGUGCGAAUAGCUUUACAAAGCUACGAAUCAGUUGAUGUGGAGCACUGGCUUGGCAACAUCCAUCGACACAAGCGAGGUGGCGCAACUUGGAAGAGGUCGAUGCGCUUAUACAAGAAGGAGAGGGACCUCAUCGAGAAGUUGGUGGAUCAAUUGGAGAAAGGCAGAUGGUAUCCCUGA